AUGGAUGAGUUCAAAGAAGCCUUCAAAACUGCUAUGAUUCUGGCUUCUGUGACUAUGGGCUUCUGCUUCGUCAUCUUUUUCUAUGUCGUCAUUGUCGUUGGAGUUUUCACUGAUGAUAGGUAUUCCCCAGACUAUCCAUAUGUUCUCCCUGGCGAACUUCUCUGCUUUAUGAUCCAAUUUGCAUUUCUUUUCUUCAUCAUUAACAUCUAUGGUGUUCCUUGCCAGUGCUGCAGCGAAGAAUCUCCCUGCUACACCGAGCCGAUUUUUGAUGUUAUCGUUGAACCAAAAAUGCCGAUUCAGCCAGGGUUCCAAAUUUUUAAUACAGAAAAUUUGAGCGGAGUUUCGAUCGCUCGCUCGCGCUCAAACUCCGCUCAUCGCUCAGAAAAUUUGGAACCCUGGAUUCAACCUCAGCAAAUUCAAGUGCAUGAUCCUCAACCUCAAUUCAUCAAUAUCCAGCCCCAAGCUCAAUUGACAAAUGUCCAAACUCAACCUCGAAUUCUCCAGCUCCCAAGCGGUCAACAAGGGUUCCUUUUGCAACCAGUCGCGCAGCAGCCGACGGCGACUACUACCGUGGUCAACCAAGAAGAUCAACAAAACACAAACGAGCCACCAUCCUACUCACUCUUAAAUUAA